CCUUCACACCCGGUUCGGGUGAUCUCCCCAGGGUUACAUCCGGUUCCCGUUGCCUAGUAACGGAUAAUAACUCCAGCCAGGCUUUAUGUUCAGGCCAGGCCCGGAGCGGUGCAUGCUGGGAAGGCCGUCAGACACGUCAGAGCUGCGCGAGGGGCGGGGCUCCUGCUACCACCAGCCUCGACGCUCCUCCCACCGACCGAGAGGGGGCGGGAGCACGGUGCGUGUCGUCACUGAGCGCUGACCAAUGAGCGCCGCGGAAUUCCGUUCUGACCAAUGAACAGGCGCCCUGGUCCCCGGAGCUCGCCGCUGAUUGGAUGAUCGGUUCCGGCUCAGAGCAGAUGGUCCGGCCGUCGGCUGAGCUCCCUGUGCCGGCAGGAUGAAUGGCGGCCCCGGCUCUCUGUCUGACAACCGGGAGAGGAUCCUCAGGCUGGGGGAGAGCUUCGAGAAACAUCCCCGGAGCGGCUUCCACACCAUCCGCUGUGAGAGAGACAGUCAGACUGGGAGAGAGAGAGACAGACAGACAGACUGAGAGAGAGAGAGAGAGAGAGAGACAGUCAGACUGGGAGAGAGAGACAGAGAGACAGACAGAGAGAGAGACAGACUGGGAGAGAGAGACAGUCAGACUGGGAGAGAGAGAGAGAGAGAGAGAGAGAGAGAGAGAGAGAGAGAGAGAGAGAGAGAGAGAGAGAGAGAGAGAGAGAGAGAGAGAGAGAGCGAGCCUCGGAGAGAGAGAGACACAGCCUGGGGGAGAGAGAGACACAGCCUGGGGGAGAGAGAGAGACACAGCCUGGGGGAGAGAGAGAGAACACAGCCUGGGGAGAGACACAGCCUGGGGGAGAGAGAGAGACUAUCCCAGCGAGGCGAGAGAGGGAGAGAGAGACUGACCUGAGAGAGAGAGAGAGAGACAGACAGAGACUGGGGAGAGACUAACGAACUGACUGACUGAGAGAGACAGGGGAGAGACUGACUCAGAAAGUCACUUUAAAUUUGAAAGUUACAUAUUGGGGGGGCAGCACAGGAAGAAGGGGUAGGGAUUUACAGACAGGAGCAGCACAGGAAGAAAUUAUGGUAAGAGAUUACAGAUUAGGGGCAGCAUGGGAAAGAAGGGUAGAGAUUUUAAGAUUAGAGGGGCAGCACAGUUAGAGAGGGUGAGGGUUACAGAUUGGGGGCAGCACAGGAAGAAGGGGUGAGACAGGUGGGGGCAGCACAGGAAGAAGGGGUAGAGAUUGGGAGGCAGCACAGGAAAGAAGGGGUGAGAUUUGCACAGAUUGGGGGCAGCACAGGAAGAAGGUGAGAUUACAGGAUGGGGGCAGCACAGGAAGAAGAGUGAGAUUUACAGGUGGUAGGCAGCACAGGGAAGAGAAAGAGGGAGUAGAGAUUACAGGUGGGGAGGCAGCACAGGAAGAAUGGGUGAAUUUUGGGUGAGGGGCAGCACAGGAAAAGAAUGGGUGAAGUUACAGAUUGGGGCAGCACAGGAAGAAGGGGUGAGAAGUUACAGAUUGGGGGGCAGCACACAGGAAGGGGUAGAGAUUACAGGUGGGAGCAGCACAGGAAGAAGAGGUGAGAUUACAAGAUUGGGGGCAGCACAGGAAAGAAGGGGGUGAGAUUACAGAUUGGGGCAGCACAGGAAGAAGGGGUGAGAGAUUACCUGGGUGGGGGCAGCACAGGAAGAAGAGGUGAGGAUUACACAGAUUGGGAGGCAGCACAGGAAGGAGUGGGUAGAGAUUACAGGUGGGAGGGGCAGCACAGGAAGGAAGGGGUGAAGUUACAGAUUGGGGGGGGGCAGCACAGGAAGAAGGGGUGAAGUUACAGAUUGGGGGGGGGGCAGCACAGGAAGAAGGAAUAAAACAUUUGUUCAUUCUUUGAUUUCUCAUUGUUUGGGAUUAGUAGGAUCCGUGCAUCGUACAGGCUGUGUAUGCAGCGUGGCAGUAUGGGGAUUUAGAGUUCUUGUCACAUCAGAGAGUUUAAUUGUAUUUAGCGCUCUUUGAUGGUAUCAGAGCGCUUCAUGUAGAGAGCCUUGCUCUCGCUCUCCAUGCUGCUUGCAGGCUUGGGGACAGGUUGAUCUCUUGACCUGUCGGCUAGGUCCAUGUGAGCUCCAGCUGCCAGAAUGUGUGUGAAUGAAUUUGAUAGAAAUCCUACAGACGGCCCUGCUGUAGAAUGAACCAGCAUUUACUGAGCCCUGCUGGAGGAAUGAUUGAAGCUGGUACCUCUGUGACCCUAGCGAUACAAACAGCAGUGACGAAAAGAUUGUCCAAGCUAGCAGGCCUGGAAAUAACGUAAAUCGUACUGUUACUAUAUAUGGCCCCAUAUGUUUCCCUUUUAACACGUGCAACGUCUCGCGGGAACACUUUCUUAUAGCAAAUAUAUAAUUGUGGUUUAUUUAAAUUUCAGUUCAACUUGAGCAGUUUAUUAUUAACAGAGGACUCAGAAAUGUACAUUUUAGGAUUUAAACCAGACAACAUAGUUAUGCCUUAGGAGCUAUGUAGGUACUAAACGGAGAAAAUAAAUCAGUUAUUUACAUUUGUUUUACUUUAUCUAUCACCUUUUGGCCUAAAGUGAUUAAGGUAAAUUUUGUUGUUGUUUUUAGACGAUUUCAAACCAGCAUCUAUCGAUACAUCUUGUGAAGGGGAUCUGGAAGUUGGUAAAGGUGAGCAGGUGACGAUCACUUUGCCCAACAUAGAGGUGAGUUACCUGCCUUUCAGUGGGAUAACACAAUCAUGGUUAGUGAGAUGGCACACCUGAUUUCUUAGAUAAAUCCUACUACCAGCUGGUAAAUAUCUCCGGCUACACAUGCUAUGGAAGGUUUAGUGGGUUUUCUGUUUGGAGGUGACCAUCACAGAAUUACCAUGAAAUUGAACCCGUGAUUAAUAAUAUUAAAAAUAAACAUCUCCUGAGGACACAUGACGACCUGUUUAGUUACUGGCUUUUUAUUGAAAAAGAUGAAGAAAUGGUUGUUUGUAAUAGCUGUCUGUGCCAUAAGGAAGCUGUAAAUCGUUUAUUUAGUAGUAAUAAAUCAAGAAGUGCUUCAAUGUAUCUCUAUGAGGAGAUGCUGAUUGGCCAGGGCUGUGUUUGACUUGUGCUGGCUCUGCCCCGAUCUGUCUCCUUGACGAGCUCAGCCAAUCACAUGAAAGCAUUGUGAUUGGCGCAGAACAAGACGUCUGAUGAUGUCAGGCAAGCCGUCAGAUCAGGGACAGAGCCAGCAGCAGACUGCAAUAAAGGUAAAAUUUGCUGUAUUUAGGGGGGCAGAGAGGCUCCACAGGAACGGUGCAGCCCUCGAGAAAUCUUGAAGGCGAGCAUCAGAGGUGGGAGUACGGACAGAAGAUAGACGUAAGUCUUCAGCAGAUCGUAAGGGCCUAGACGGGACAUACUUGUGUAUAAGGGAGGAUAGAUAGGUGGGAGCAGCAUUAUGUAGAGAUUUGAAAGCAAGAACCAGAAUUUUAAAUUGAGCUCUAUAUCUUAUAGGAAGCCAAUGUAGGGACUGACAGAAGGGUGAGUCGUGGGAGGUGCAGGCGGACAGGAAGAUGAGCCUCGCCCCCACAUUCAUUAUGGACUGUAACAGUGCAAGUUGGGAGCACGUAAGACCACUGAGAAGCGGAUUACAGUAGUCAAGGCGAGAAAGGACAGUGGAAUGGACCAGCACCUUAGUCGCAUCUGGCGUUAAGUAGGGGCGGAUGCGCGCAAUGUUUUUGAGAUGGAAAUGACAGGAUUUGGCGAUAGACUGAACAUGAGACUUGAAGGAGAGGUCGGAGUCAAAGAGAACAUCUAGGCAGCGAGCCUGCGUGGUGGAGCUGAUGGUAGCACCGUUGACUUGGAGGGAGGGAGACACAGGAGUAACUACACUUGACGAAGGAAAGACAAGAAUUUCAGUUUUGGUCAAGUUUAGUUUAAGGAAGUGGGCAGCCAUCCAGUUAGAAACAGCAGAGAGGCAGUCAGAGACACUAGUCAAGAGGGACCAGGAGAGGACAGGUAGAUUUGCGUGUCAUCUGCAUAGAAAAGAUAUUGGAAACCAAAGGAGCUAAUGAGUUUACCAAGGGAGGUAGUAUAAAUGAAGAACAGUAGGGGACCAAGGACUGAACCUUGGGGAACGCCAACAGAGAGGGGUUGGGGAGAAGAGGCAGAGCCAGAGGGAAAAAAACACUGAAAGAGCGCUGGGAGAGGUAGGAGGAGCACCAGGAGAGAGUAAUGUCUUGUAGACCGAUAUUGCGGAGGAUGAGAAGAAGCUGUUGAUAAUCAACAGUGUCAAAAUCCUCAGACAGGUCAAGGAGAAUUAGGAUAGAGUAGUGACCACGAGAUUUUGCAACAAGUAGAUCAUUGGAUACUUUGGUCAAUGCCGUUUCCACAGAGUAAUUAGCGUGGAAACCAGACUGAAGCGGGUUUAGCAAAGAGUUGGACUCAAGGAAAUCUGUCAAUCUCGCAUACACAAUUCUUUCAAGGAUCUUGGAUGCAAAGAUAGGACGGUCGUUGGAUGGGUUGUUAGGGUCAAGGUUGGGCUUCUUUAGAAUUGGGGUUACAGUUGCAUGUUUGAAGUUCGAUGGAAAUAUACCAGAGGAGAGAGAGAGAUUGAGAAAUUUAGUGAGAGGUGGAGAAGGAGAAGAAGACAGAGUACGGAUAAGAUGCGAGUGAAUUGGAUCUAGGGAGCAGGUGGUGGGGCGGGCGGGCGGACUAGAGCAGAGCAGAAACCUCUUCAAAUGUAGCGGGUGCGAAUGAACAUAGAACAGCAGAGGGAGUCGAGUUAGGGGAAGUAUUGUAAGGGGAAGAAGAAAGAUGAGAUCUCUUCCCUGAUUGUAGAGAUAUGGUCAGUAGGAAUUGACAGGAUAAGUUAGACUUGUAAACCAUGCAAGCAACUAAAUUAGGAAUAAAUAAGUGUAAAUUAUAUUUCUGUAUUUAGAAAAAUGGUCUAUUGGCAUAAAACUAGACUGACCAUGAGUGAUACAUGGUACCUUGCUAUAAUUUUAGUGUAAGAUUCUAUUGCAAAGCAAGAAAGAUAAAAUGGGGGGGAGGUACAAAUAAGAAACCAUAACAAAACAUGCGUGAUCAUUCUCCCUGGGAAGCGUUCCAAAAAACACAAAACUGCCAAAAAUGGUCAGUGGAGAUGCACAAAACACAAGUCCGAGACUCCAUCAGCUGUUUGGGAACUGGAGGCUUCUAGAAAGUACAGUGAGAAAGGCACAGUGGUAUCCAUCAAUGUCCCCAAAAGAGUAAAAUGGUCGCUGUGGGCCACUCUCGGAACCAUCUCCUUAUGCCCUCAGAUCCUUCCACUCCACUUGAGUCCUUCUUCUCUAGUUGUAGAGGGCAGACAGGGAAGACACUGUUUUAGGUUCUCAGCCCAGAGGGAGAGCAGCUGUCAGACGCCACCUGCCAUUUGGAUGAGUUGAUGGUUUCACUGCUUAAUUCUGAGCCAAAAGUAUGGCUUCGAAAGCAGCAUUGAAUCCUUCUUCUCAGCUCCACUGCAACUUCUCAGCUACUGGACUGAAACACCGCUACAGGAGCCUCUUAGGUCAGCCACGUAGAGUCGGAGUGUCCAUACAGGAGAGUGGCUGGGUAGAGCACGAGCUUCAGAUAAGACUUCCUCGGUGGGGACUGGGAUAUCCCCUACUAAUCCAAAGGGUGGGGUUACAGGGCACCCGUAGAGUAUCUUAGCAUGCAGCCUGCACCAAGCCAGGAGGACGUCUCUUCCAACCAUAGAGCCAUCCGGACUGAGCUGCAAGGUCUCUGUGUGUUUACAUGGCAAUGUGCUUCUGGGCAGAAGGUUGUACCAGGUACUUGAAUAGUGAUGCCGCCACAAACAGUGAGGCAGUGGUAUGUGCCUAGAACAACGGAGCUACAGUAAUGUGCGGCCAUCAAUGCUGGCAGCCAGGCCUUGCCCCCCAAAUUGGUAGUAUUAUCUGGUUUAUUAAAUUGUAGUAGUCUAUGUUCUAUUAUAUAGCUUGUUAUAUGAUAAUAUUCUAUUGUUUAUUAUAAGAUAAUGUUCUGCUAAUUGCCCUGUGAAUCCAUCACUCUUCUAAAAACAGUUCUUACAUGUUCUAGUUCAUGUGAAGCUUUAUAUUGAUAGAUAAAUAGUGUUUUACAUAUGAUUGUUAAAAAAUGGAGGAGAGGGGGACAACUCUUUCUUAGUUUUCGUUGAUUAUUAUUUUUAUUACUUCCCACAGGGCUCAACUGCUCCGGUCACAGUAUUUAAAGGUUCUAAGCGGCCGUAUCUUAGGGAAUGUAUUCUGAUAGUAAAUCACGAUACAGGGGAGUGUCGUUUGGAGAAACUGAGCAGUAAUAUAACCGUGAAAAAGACCAGGUAUUUCUAAACGUGCUGAGUGUCUCCUGUAUCUGUUAUAUUAUCUAGAUCCACCAAUCCGGUGACUGUAUUGGGUAAUGUUGUUACAUGUAAUUGAGUUCUAACUGCUUAUUCUGAUCUCAAUAAAUGAGUUGAGAUGGAACCUAUUCCUUUCUUCUGAGUAACAAAUUGGUAUAAGCAUUGCUUCUUGGAAACAUGUGUACAAAUGUUAAACUGGGGCCUGAUCCGAUGUCCCAUGAUGGGGACCGGUCUCUGUGGGGCUGUCAGAGCCGUGUUUGUUGGACUUUGUCUCAAUUUUUCCUUCCAUUUCUACUCCCUAACAGGGCAGAAGGGAGCAGUAAGAUCCAGUCUCGUAUUGAGCAGCAACAACAGCAGAUGCGCAGUGCGUGUAAAACACCAACUAGCGGCAAAAAUUCUUCACCUGCCGAGAAAAUGUCCCCCACAUUGCCCAUGGACGAUAUUGAGAGGGGUGCGUAUAAGAACUGGCCAAACAUUACUUCAGCUUGUGAUGGGGGUGGGGGGGUCCUUUUUGCAGUUUUUAUUUUGUUGUUCAAUCCAUUCUAUUGUGACUAGUUGUGUUAUAAUGAUUUGUAGCAAUUUUCCCAUCAAUAUAUUUUAAUGUUGACUUAUUGAAUCCAUUUGAUUGCAUUUUGUGAUAUUUCUCUUAUUUCCAAAGUAAUUACUGUAAAUAAUGUCCUAUUUGUCACAGCUGGUUACCUUUCAGGCACAAUAGUCCUCUUUUCAUUUUAAACAGUAUACACCCAAAUCUCCUCUCUCUGAGUAUACUGGGAGUCUUGCUCCUUGAAUGUUAUAAGCUUUUUAUUGUGAUUUUGUGAUAGUUUUAAUAUUUUGGGUUAUGCUGUGUUAAUGAUCUGUUGUUUAUGUCGCUUAAUCCAUUGAUUUUUUUUUUCCGCCUUCUCUCUGUGUGCUGUAUAGUAUAUUCACGGUACCAAUUUAAUUUAUCAGCUGGUUAGAGCAGGGGUAAUGUCACUGCCUUAAAACUGGGGCACCCUGGACCACAAAUCUAACAAUAUAUAUCUGCCUUGCUCAAUAAAAUGUAAUGUAUUCUUUUGAAGACCUGUGUGAUGGGUAAAGUUGUGCGUGUGGAGUGUUUAUUCUGUUUUGUGUUCAUCUUAUUAUUAGAGUUGAUGGCUGAAGUCUCCGCGAUCGACCAAAUGAGCAGUUCUGACAGUUCGUCUGAGUCCAAAAGCUCUUCAUCCUCAAGCAGUGGUGACAGCUCCAGUGACUCGGAGGACGAAACGCACAGGUCGUCCCACUCCACUUCAUUGUCACUGCCACAGCAGAAUCAUUUUACCUCCAGCAUGGAGAACCUACAUAACAAAUCUCAGGACAACGGUGGGCAGUUGAUGAGCACACUGAGUGAGUACUCUAAAGUCCUCCUGUACACUCACACUACGACUGCAGACAGGUGGAGUGUCUGCUUCUGAUGACAAUUCUACGCAAUGUAUACCACAAAGGGUUUCAUACAUUACAUCCAGUUUUCUGUGUACCAUUUUAGAAGUCUACAUAGCUCCACCAGUGUAAAUUGUAAUCGGUGUUUCAAUAAUGUAUCAUUACAGGGAUUCUUAGUGAUUAGCAUUGAUGAUGUGCACAAGGUCACAGCGCCGCGCCUCUCAUAAUGCAGCACUGGAAGAGAGAGAGAGAGCAAAAAAAACAUGCUAUCUGUUUAACAUUACUUGCAUUCAAUAGCCUGUCUAUAUUUAUUUUUUAUUUUGGGUUUUCUUCCUGUUUAUGGAAGAUGUUCUGGUGCAUCCUUUCAUAAGUUGCAUUUUAUAGCUGAUGCGGCACUGCAUGAGUAACGCAAUGUUUGCCCCUAUUCUGGGUUUUAGAAAUAAUAUCUAAUUAAUUUGUUUGGGGUUCUGUUUUUAUUCUUUUUGUGUUUUUUUUUUUUUUUUUUUUUACACAUCCCUCUAAAUGUUCGUCUCUGUUAUCAGGUUUUGUUCAGAAGCUGGGGAUCUGCUCUUAUCAACCUCUGCAGCCCCAGAGCGGGGCUGUGUCUCUAUGCUGCUGCAUGUGAUGCAUGUUUUAUAUACAAUUUAAAUCCACUUAGAGGAGCGCAUGCAUGGCUUAUACAAGUCGUGUCUAUUUAUAUAAAAUAUUUCAAUUUGUUUAAACUUUUUUUUUUUUUUUUUUUUGACAGGGGUAUUGUAUUUAAAAGGACUAUAAGUGUUUUAUACAUUAUACACAUACCAGGUCUGUUGUAAAGUGGCCAUGUUAUGCUCACAUGUAGGUGACAAGGGCCCCUUAUGUUAAAUUAGAACAUUUCAUUUAUAUUUUUUUUUCUCGUUGUGUGUAUCUUUUAAUAUUUGAUUGUGUAAUUAUGAGCCACCUAAUUGGAUUCAGGUUGUCUCCCUGUAACUGACCGUCACACUGUUGAGUGUUGCUAACUAUGCUGUGUGUUCUAUGUGGUGACACUUGUUCUCUCUUUCAGGAAAUGACUUGCAGCUCAGCGAGACAGGGAGUGACAGCGAUGACUAAGAAGCACAGGUGGCCUGCUUGCUGUGAUGUUGAGUUUAAUUCUCUCGAACAGUCCAGCAUCUGUUUCUGGACAUGAAUUCCCAGGUCUUAAUGACUGAAAUGAAUGAAAAUAUUUGAUAUACUUCUGUUUGUACUAAAAUAGCAGUUUGUGCUCCGUGCCCUUUAACCAGCUGUAUUACUGCCACUGUCACUCCACCAGGCCACCUGUUUCCACCUAAAGUUCACAGAAUUAGCAAAUUGUGACAUUCUUUAUCUUAUCGAAUUGACUAUGAUUUUUGUUUUUCUUCCCCUCCUCAUUUUUGAGGCAGCAGUGUGAAGUAGAGACUUUUUUUUUAUUUUAUUUUUUUUUAAAUACUAUAAAUGACACUUAUUUUUGGGAAAUAAUGCAGAAUAUCUGAUUUAUAGCUUGCUUACAGUUUGAUCACACCUCAAAACAGACCAGCCCUCCCCUUUAGAAAAACAAAUAUUUAAACUGGUGAUAUAAUGUAAAAAUGGAAGAAUAUUUAUAUCAUGUAGGCAAUAUCUCGUGCUUGUUCUGUUCUCCAUGAAUAGACCCAGAUGUGGUCUAAUUUGUCAAAGUUUAGUGUAAACGUGGACGUGGAGCAAUAUCUGUUACAUGUGAGCUCAGCCAAUAAGCUGCCAAAGAAUCUUCUUUCUAAACAGUGUUUUUCCACCUUUCUCUGAAUUCCAAAGACCCAAGUCUUGCUGUUUGUUACUAUGCUAAUUUGCAAUCCUUUCCCCACUUUUCUUUUUAAUUUUCUUUUAUUUUCCUAUCUAUCCAAAUAGCUGCAUUGCAGGAAUUGCAAUCUGUCUCAUCAGACGAUGUGGACACAUAAUUUUAAUAAAUCUGUUAUUUAAACACGUCCUGCAAUGUUCUUGUGCAUGUAGUCGUGUUGUUUAUGGGAUGUUCUGAAUUAUAAACAGAAUAAUAGUGAAAAUACUUUUAAAUACUUUGCCACACUAAUUUAUAGGAUGGGCUUGUCACUAAAGUGUGAAUUUUAAAUUUAAAAAAAACAGAAAAAUCUCAGUUUUCAGUUCUGCUAUUUUGGCCCAAAACAUUUAAAUUCAUUUUGCUUUGCUGACGCUUUACAUUUAGGCGAAUGACCCAGUAAUUAACAGACCACACACGUUGGGUUUGAUAGUUUGUUUAGAAUUGGUUCUGGCAAAUGGAGCGCACAGUCACAGUGCCAUAUUCUCUCCAUGACGCUAUACUAUUGACAGUGUUCACUAGUUUGGCCCCUGGAUUGAAUCUAACGACAACUGCCUGGACGGUGCACUUGCAUCAGCUGAUAAUUGACCACUGUCCAAUUCACACAUAGGGGGCAUGCACAUCAGUCGUUGCUUUCUGCCAAUCCAACACUUCUCAGAAGCAAUCAAUCCGCUUCUACAAGUAUCUGCUCUGCUUGGGGAAUACAUACUGGAGCAGGACAAUAGUUUGCCUAUUUCCAUCUAUUUUUACUCUAUGUUGAAUUCUAUUAAAAAAGAAAGGGAAAAAAAAAUCCUUUUGGAUUUUCCUGUGUUUGCAAAAGCUCCCAGACUUUUAAGAUUCCCACUAGGAAUGACUCAG